AUGGUGGAAAGGCCUGACGAUGGCGUCUUCUACCUGGAGACGCUGGCCAUCAUGGAGCUGGCAGCCGACGCCGCGGUCGCCGUGGUCAUCGGGAGCAGGGAGGAGGGCAACUCUGUCAAGGCGCCAGCAGUUAAAACCAAGGCAGACGUGGCUGGCAUUAUCCGGACACUGGCGAGGGAGGCGGCUCGAAAGAUGGACAGUUUAUUCACCCAGCUGUCCACACGCGCAUGGAGCGAAAACCGGACCCUCAGGACCAGGGUGGGGCAGCUGGAGAGCGAGCUGAAGAGCUUGACGGAGAAAUUUGAAAAUGCCAGAACGUGGCGGGAAAACGUCCUGAAAGGCUGCCCGGUCCUUUUUGAGCAGAGUGGGUUGGUCUUCACACUGAAACCGUUUGGGAAGUUAAAAAGUAAGGUGGAUGAAGACCAGCAGAGGGCUGCGGCGUCCUCUCCUGUUGUACAGCAGAAUGGACUUGGCGCUGGCUUGGCAGAGAAAAAAGUCACAAGCAACGAAUCCAAAGAGCCAGAGAGCCAGAGUACACCACAACAACAACAACAGCAACAACAACAGCAACAACAAAAACCAGUUUUGGGGAAGAAAGGGAAGCUGUUUGUGUGUGAUGUGUGUGACAAGAGCUUCAACCGUCAGUUUCAUCUGAUGAAGCACAUGAACACUCACAGGGAACAGAGGCCCUUUGCCUGCGACCAGUGCCCCAGGAGGUUCAGGAACGCCUCCACAUUCGAGUACCACCUCUUGCGCCACGAGGAGAAAAAGUAUACCACUUUCAAGUGCCAGCUCUGCGAGAAGGCCUUCAAAACCAAAAUGCACCUGAAGUCUCACCAGCUAGUUCACACGGAUGCCCGGCCCUUUAGCUGCUCCACCUGUGGGAAGGGCUUCAAAACCAAACACAACCUACAAGCCCACCAGGUGGUCCAUGCUGUUGAAAAGCCACACAGAUGCUCAGAGUGUGGCGAAAGCUUCCGAUACGCUUUCACCCUGCAGUGCCACAGGAGCGAACACACUGGCGAGUAUCCCUACAAGUGUGCAACAUGCGGCAAGGCGUUUGUGAAGCGGAGGUCGUUCAGGGCACAUCAGGCUGUGCACCGGGGAAAGGUGUUCACGUGUGAGACCUGUGGUGCUGGCUUCACAUUGCAGCACAACCUGAGGCGGCACAUCCGCAUUCACACAGGUGAGCGGCCAUUCCAGUGCAAGGUCUGCGACAAGAGCUUCGUCCAGGGCAACAAGUUGAAAGCACACAUGCUUGUGCAUGGCGCCUCCAAGCCCUUCAUGUGCGACCUGUGCGGGAAGACGUUUCUGUAUAACUGCCAGCUGCAGAAACACCAGAGGGUGGUGCAUGAUGAGAAGCACGGGUUGGUGAUGAGGAGGCGGACGAGGGAGCGAGGCAUCCGCCGGGUGAUCUACCGGAGGGACAAGACGACGGUAGACGUGACGCCGUUCAGCUGCAAAGUCUGCCGGAAGUGCUUUGGAACUGCCAGCGCCUUGAAGAGGCAUGAGCUGAUUCACGUUGGCCAGAAGCAAUACGUCUGCGCUGAGUGCGGUAAGUCCUUCUUCUACAAAGCCACCUAUGACUACCACCAGAGGAUCCACUCAGGGGAGAGGCCCUUUGGGUGUGGCGUGUGCGGGAAAAGGUUCAUCAUACUCCAGGCCCUCAAGUCCCACGAGCUGCAGCACUCCGGAGAGAAACCGCACCGGUGUGACCAGUGUGGGAAGGCCUUCAGGAUCUACACCAACUACCUGAGACACCUGCGGGUCCACACAGGGGAGAAACCAUACGAGUGCGAAGUGUGCGGGGUUAGGUUCCGUCAGCUCAGCCACGUUAAGUUCCACAUGCAGGUCCACACGGGAGAGAAGCCAUACUGCUGCGACAGCUGCGGACAGGGCUUCUCUGACUCGAGGCAGCUCAAGAAACACACUUGUGACGAUUCUCAGAAAAGGAGGACAGUUGCUUCUGGGUGCUUUGUUGAACCGGAAGUGGAAGGAAUCGUGACGUACCCGCCAGCGCGAGUCGUUUCCCUCGUCCUGGUCGGCGAUGUUCUGGAAGCGCCGUGCGUUCGUCUCCCCCUGAGCGCUGCCCACUGCCCAGUCGAGUCCGCGGAUGCCGCCGAGGUGGCGCGUCGGCCGGCCAGAAUGACGGCGAUGGAGGAGCGAGUCGGCUCCAUUUUGGAGACGAUGAUCGACGCGACCGUUGCAGAAGUGGCGAAAGUUGUCGGGGGAUCCGAUUCGCCCGCGGCCGAAGACGCCGACGGAUCCUCGGACAAGGUGAUCCAGCUGAGUGUGUUCAUGACAUCUCUGGCCAGGGAGGCCGUGGAGAAGAUCUGCCAGCUCUUUCACGAGUGUUCCUCUCUUCUCAGAUUAGAGGUUACCCAGGGAGCCGCCGAAAACGAGGAGCUGAAAAGGAGGCUGGAGGCGGCAGAGGCGGCGCUCAGGCUGGCGUUGGAGGCCGGGCGAGGUCAGGAAGCCAGUGCGGAGGCGCUGACGGAGGGAGGUGAAGGGGAGAAGGCGAGGAGGAGAGGCCCCGCCAAUGGAAGCAACUUCAGGGGAGCAGAGGGAGACGACGUCCAGACCCCCCACCGGUCCAGGAGAAAGACUCGCAGAGGUUUAGGAGUAAUAGCCAACAGUGGCGCAGGAGUGAAGCGAUCCCCCAUAAUCCACCUGUGGAAAGGCAGAGCGUAUGAGGACAGUGUGGAACCUGUGAUUAUCAAGGAGGAGGGUCUGGAGGCGUACCCACACCAGGCCUCACCUGAGUCGGGUCACUACCCCGACGACCCGGGACAGGACGAUGACAAUGACCCAGACUACCAGCUGGAGCCAGAGGACCUGGAGGAAGGUGACCCAGGAUACACCACCCGACCCAAGCGGGCCGUGAAGCCCAAGACACGUCGAGGCCGGGCCAAGAAGGACGCCGUGGGUCAGAACAGCCAGCAGCCUCUCAGCUGUAAACACUGCAGGAAGACCUUCACCAAGCUGCUCCAGCUGAAAGCCCACCAGGCGGUGCACGGUGCCAAUGCCGAGAAGCCCUUCCACUGCUCCCAGUGUGGCAGGGGCUUCUCCUUCCAGCGCAGCCUCAACGCACACAUGCUGCUUCACACAGGUGAGAGGCCACACACCUGUGACGUGUGCGGGAAGGGUUUCACCUUGAAGCAGCUGCUGAGGAACCACCAGCGUCUCCACGCUGAGGUCCGGCCCUUCCGCUGUGAGCAGUGCGGCAAGAGCUUCUACCGGGCCCACGGCCUGAAGAUGCACCAGAUGGUCCACACGGGUGAGCGGGCCUACAACUGCCAGUACUGCAACAAGAGCUUCACCAUCCAGGGCAACCUGCAGCGCCACCUGCGCAUCCACACGGGCGAGAAGCCGUUCAGCUGCGAGACCUGCGGCAAGAGCUUCAACCAGGCCGACACCCUGAAGGGCCACCAGCGGAUCCACACGGGCGAGCGACCCUUCAGCUGCGAGACCUGCGGAAAGUGCUUCAUUCAGAAGAGCGCCCUGAAGAUGCACCAGAAGACCUCGCACGAGGGCGAGCGGAGCGCGCUGGCCUGCGUGGCGUGCGGCACGGUGGCGGCGUGCGUGGACUCGCUCCGCACCCACCUGCAGACCCACGCCGCCACCAUUCCGUGCACCUGCGUGCUCUGCGGACGCCGGCUGAGCUCCAUCACUGACCUGCGCUCGCAUCAGCAGCACCACACCGUGGAGCGGCCCCACAGCUGCGGGCUGUGCGGGAAGAGCUUCAAGUCGGCGAGCUACCUAAAGAUCCACCUGAAGACCCACAGCGGUGAGAGGCCGUUCUCCUGCCACAUCUGCGGGCGCAUGUUCACACAGCACAGCAGCCUCAAGUCGCAUCAGGUGGUCCACACGGGAGAGAAGCCGUUCAGCUGCGACACCUGCGGCAAAUGUUUCAGCAACACCGGCAACCUGAACAGGCACCAGCGCAUCCACACCGGCGAGAAGCCCUUCAGCUGCGACCAGUGCGGCCGCAGCUUCAACCAGGGCAACAGCCUGAAGGCCCACCAGCAGAUCCACACGGGCGAGAAGCAGUUCAUGUGCGACAAGUGCGGGAAAAGUUUCUCCUACCUGAGAAACCUGAAGGAUCACAAGUGUUUCUACGUCUAAAACCUCCAGACUGUGUCGAGAUGACCACCGGGGAGCAGCAGAGUGUCUUGAAUGACUAUAACCUCCAGACGGUGUGGAGAGAACCACCAGGGGUCAGCAGUGUCUGGAAUGACUAUAAUAGGAUUGCUGGAUGGGCGAGUGGACUGAUGGUUGGAGGAAUAGAUGGACAGAUGGUUGGAUGGACGAACAGAUGGAUGAAUGGGGAGAGGUAUAGACGGACAGAGGGCUCAGUAAAUCAUGUUUUUUCUGUUUGCUUUGGCAGUAAUUCCCUCACAGUCAGACUGGGUUUUUUUUAGCUUAGGGAUUAAGUGUCGACCCACCGCGCCUUCUUCCUUAUCGUAAAAGGAACUGAGAGAAGGAACGAUUUGUUGUUCCUCUGUCGUUGUUUUGUUUUGUUUUUUUUGUUUUCUUCUUUUAUAACAGGACAAGUGAAGGAGCGAAUGAAUGAACAGCUGUGGUUGUUUUGUUUUUGGAGAAAAAGAGGCCUUACCAGUUUCUCUUUAGGGUAAAAUUAUAAUUUCAGUUUUUAAAGCGUGGUUGAUUCCAUUUUAUUUAUUCUUUUUUUUUUUUUUUUUUUCCUCCAUAUGUGAUCAUCCAGAGCAGUUUCGCAGGAACCUCAGUGCGCCAAAAUGAUCUUGAAUUCCCUUGUUCACCAACUUUACGAGCAACCAGUAUGGAGGAAGUCAAAAGUCCGACCCUCGGCGUCUUGGCGUUGUCUAGAGAUAAAGUCAAAGCCAGAUAUAAGAAGAGUUAGAAGACGUGAAGGAUUUUUUUUGGGAGUAAUUAUUGAACGGAGGAGGCAUAGUGGUCGGCACAGUUGCCUCAGCGAGAGGGUGUUGGUUUCAAUCCCAACACGUCUGUGAGGAGCUUGCAUGUUCUCCUUGUUUUCACGUAGGCUUUUGCUCGCAGUCAUGCUAGGUGCAAUGGAGACACUGAACUGCCCAUAGGAAGGACAGGUGUGAUUAUGUAUAUGGGCCCCGUUGUGUAGCGGUGACCUGUCCAGGAUGUCUCGCUGUCUUCAGCCUAGCACCCGGUGGAAAGGCUGCAGCCUUCUGGAACUGGACUAAACCAGUAUGACAAUGAAUGAAUCGACAGGGAUUUGUUUGUUUUGCUAUCCAACAGACACAUGGUACAAGAACAUUUCUGCUAGGGGACAGUUGUAAAAAAGAAAAGGGGGGGUCAUCAUAGGAGGACAAGAGAUAGGGUUGAAGAAGGUGAUGUGGGGGUCCGCGGUGGCGUAGCGGUCUAAGCAUCGGCUUUGUGUCGAUGCAGUUGCCCACUGGGGACCAGAGGUUCGCGCCUCGGUCUCGUCAGAUCCGACUAUGGCCGGACUCGACGAAGCAGCGAUAAUUGGCAGCGCUGUCUUCGGGAGGGGGGCGGAGUCGGCUUGUGUUCGUCACAUGAAUGCGGCUCCGUGUGUGUCGGGAAAAGUGGUGGUUCGGCCUGGAGUCGCCUCGUCACUUCCGUGACAAGGCGACUCCUUCGAGACUGCCGGCCGGAGAGAUGCAGUUGGCGAACGCACGCAGCACGAGGGUGGGUGUUUGAACUAGAAUAGGGAUCGAUUGGCCACUAAAUUGGGAGAAAGAUCAGAUAUACAUUUAUAGAAGAAGGUGAUGUGAGGAGCAUGUUGGAAAGAUGACUUUUAAGCCUGGACCUGUGGACCAGUCCAGUGGAGUGAGCAGCCAUUUCCAUCUUUCCAUCAUUUAGAAAGAAGACAGCAUGGAGGGAUGGACCCAGGCCUGCACCACGGACUGGUUGUUGUGGGACAUGGGCUGCAGGGAUCACUGAAAAUCAGCCUCCAUAACUCGAGAGUAGUACUUAGGGUUUUGUUUUUGGUAUGCAGGGUCACCAUGGCUGGAUUUUCCAGGCGUACGCAGCGAACCGGGUUGCCGUGUAGAACCCGACAUACACUGGUUGUCUUUUUUUAAUGAAAAAGCUUUUCGUCGGUUGGGCUGUUGCACUAAAUCCAAGUUAACAUCACGUGCUCUCCACAACAUAUCCCGCUCUGCAUAAAGACUAUAGAAGAGGCUUCACUGUUAUUUUUGGAAGAAAAUUAGUGUUUGUCAAGACAUUUGUUUACAACGCCAGUGCACGUGACUGGGGCUGUUUCGCCUUCCCAUAUCUCAACGUCGUGAACUCUUUCGUUUUGGAUUUUUCACCCCAAUUGUAUCCGGCCAAUUACCCCACACUUCCCGAGCUGUCCCAGUCGCUGCUCCACCACCUCUGCCAAUCCGUGGAGGGCUGCAGACUACCACAUGCCUCCUCCGAUACACGUGGCGUCACCGGCCGCUUCUUUUCACCUGACAGUAAGGAGUUUCACCAGGGGGACGUAGCACGUGGGAGGAUCACGCUAUUCCCCCCAGUCCCCCCCCCCCAACCGACCAGAGGAGGCGCUAGUGCAGCAACCAGGACACAUACCCACAUCCGGCUUCCCUUCCCGCAGACACGGUCGAUUGUGUCUGUAGAGACGCCCGACCAAGCCGAGGGUAACACGGGGAUUCGAACCGGAGGUCCCUGUGUUGGUAGGCAACGGAGUAGACCGCUACACUACCCGGACGCCGUAAACCCUGGUUUAGAACUGUAUACAUUUCAAACCUUUCAACUUUAUGAUCAGUUAAACAGGCUUCGUUAUCAACAAAACUGUAAUAUGACUUUAUAUUAAACGUACUGGCUACUUCCUGGAAGAAGUAAGAAAAGCCUGACAUGGUACAUAGCUUCCUUGUCCUCACUGUUGGCUAGCAAGAGUACUGUGACACACACACACAUAUAUAUAUAUACACAUAUAUAUAUAUAUAUAUAUAUAUAUAUAUAUAUAUAUAUAUAUGUGUAACUUUGUUAAAAGAAACACUGAACGGUAGGGAAAGUGCUCAGUGAAAAUAAGGAGCAAAAUAAUCAAGUCGAGUAAAUUCUCUAUGAGACGGUACGAGCCUGUUUCAUGGAGUUCAUCUUCACUAGCCACGUUUUACUAUUUUGUUUGUACAAACCCCCCCUCCCCCCCCCCCCCCAUAGAUUUCUUGCCAAAGGGGCGAAGCGUACAGACCCAUCAGCCACGGUUAAAUCUCGCCGCUCGUGUUUCCUACUCGGCUCAUAAGCAGCUAAACCGGUAUGAAAACUGACUAACUUGGCACGUACUGUUAAGCCUACUUGUAUUGUUUAUGAAGUGAGAAGUUGGCUCGUAAACCUGUUUAUGGAGCUUAACUUAUAUCUUCUGCACUUUUUUUUUUAUUAGGUUUGAUUUGCCAGGUGGAGAUGAUGUACAAAAUACAAUUGCGAGUUGUUUUUGGUUUUUUUUUUCUGUUUAGUUUUGGAAAACGGAUUAAAACAAGUUGCCCUGGGUGCAUUGCGAAAUCUGUCGUGCUGAUGGACAGAAAAGCUGUUGCGGAAACAGCGGUUUUGGAAGAAGGUAGUUUCUGUAACCUGUGGAGCUGCGGGCUCUUUUGUUGUUGUUCCAUCUGAACCGUGUGAUUAUGAGAAUAAUGAUGAAUAUAACUGAUGAAAAGAAAACCUUUGUCCUACCUGUCAUGCUUUCUAGGAGUUUAACUCUGGCAUCUAACAGUA